AUGCCAGCCAAAAAAAUUCUCCUCCUUAACGGUCCCAACCUCAACCUCCUCGGAACACGUGAACCAGGAAUCUACGGCUCCGAUACCCUCUCAGACAUCGAAACUCGCGCCGUGGCCCAAGCCACCGCAGCAGGCGCAACACUGUCAUUCUUCCAAACAAACUGGGAAGGUGCCCUACUCGAUCGAAUCCACCAAGCAAGGACAGAAGGUGUUGAUGCUAUAGUGAUCAAUCCAGCAGCAUUUACGCAUUACAGUAUUGCGUUAAGAGAUGCGUUGCUAGGAGUUGAUAUCCCGUUCGUGGAGGUGCAUAUAAGUAAUGUGCAUGCGAGGGAGGAUUUCAGAAAGAAGAGCUGGUUGAGUGAUAAGGCAGCGGCGGUUGUGUGUGGUCUGGGGACUUUUGGGUAUAAGGUUGCGAUUGAGUAUUGUUUGGAGCACAUGAAGACGAAGGAAAAAGUGUGA